AAGUAUACACACAUACAUAUACAUUUUUUUUUUUUUUUUUUUGGUACUUUACACAUGUCAUUAUAAUGUUCGAUUUGGUUCGGAAUACUUUACAUAAAACAGAAACGAAUACUAAUGAAGAUAAACUCAAAGUUUUUUUAAAUGUUUAUGAUAUGCUACAACCAAGUUUCAUUACAAAAUUAGGUCAUGUUUUAGGAAUUGGCAUAUAUCAUUCAGGCAUCGAAAUAGGAGAACAUGAAUACUGUUUUGGAGGUCAUGAUUAUGAAAAAGUUACAGGUGUAUUUAUAGUUCGACCGAAAUCUGGGCUUCAGGGACUUUUAUUCAAACAAUCAAUUAACAUGGGCUAUACUAACUUGACACGACAACAAGUUGAUAAAAUUCUAAAAGAUAUUUCCAAAGAAUAUAGUGGGACAUCUUAUAAAUUAUUAACAAGAAAUUGUAACCAUUUUUCAGAAGAUCUUUGUAAACGACUAACAGGGAAAACAGCACCAGGAUGGAUUAAUCGUGCAGCCAAGUUAGGUACAAUGUUCCCCUGUGUUAUACCAACAGAAUGGAUUGAACCACCAGAUGCAAAUGGAAAUGGUAUACUUUUAUAAUGUAGAAUAUACUUGUACGUUAAUAACAAAUCAUUCUAUAUGAAUAGUCGUAGAUACUUUAGAUUCUUCUUCUUCGAAUACUAUAUCAAAGAAGAAUAACGAUCAUACCAUAACGAAUAAGAGUAACAAUACGAUAAAUCAUCAUGAUUGCAGUUUAUCUGAAAAGGAAAAGAAAAGGAGACCUUCUUGUUAUCCUUCAAAUUCAACUGAUAGCAUUCAUUUAAUGAAAACAACAGUCAUUAAAGAGGAUGAAACGAAUCAUUCAAGUCAUGUUAAAGAACCAGAUACCCAUAGAUCAGAAGUAAUUCGAUCUGUUACCUAAUUAUCUAUCAUAGCAUCUGUCGUUAUUGCAUUAUAAAGAAGUAUAAAUUAUGUUACAAUAAGUUUAUUAUGUACACGCAGUAUUAAAGUUCAGGAGUUUUACUACUAUUAUCAAUA